UUACGGAAGCGCUGUAGCAGUUCAGCAGCUGAUGACAAACUAAUCGUUGUUCGGUGAGCUGGACCAGGAUUCAGAAACAAUGACACUUUUCUGCUGUAAACGCCAACAGCUAAAACAGCAUCAGAUGAGGCGUAAACUUUAGUUUCAUCCUGGAGGAACCAAAAGCUGUCGGCUUCUGAGGAACACCCUGUCAGGUAAAAUGAAGUGUCUGCUGGUGGCCAAUGAGAGCGCAGAGGUUCUGUUCUACUGGACGGACAGCGAGUUCGAACAGCGGCUUCAGGAGCAGUAUGGAGUCUCCCAGGAGGAAGGAGAAGGACUGCCUGCCUUUGAAGACAGCAUUAACACUCUCUUCGCACCAAUCAUCAUCUCCUGUAGCACCAUGGUGGACCGACUCGGGGACAAUUACACCUCCUUCAGCACAGAGAACAAUCAUAUCUAUGUUCUGCAUCAGUUUGAUGAGUGCCUGUACAUCGCUGUGAACGGAGACGGAGAGGAGACCGAAGAGGAUUUGAAGAGAAAGAUCUACGUGAUGAAGAAACUCACAGAAAUCCUGUUUGGGAUGGUGACGCUCAGCGGCCCCCUCCUGAGGAAAGAACUGCGCCCUCAAGACACAGAGCAGAGGAACCGGUUGUGGAAAAAACUGCGAAGCCUCUUGGAGACAUACAGCCGCUUGCGUGAAAAUGACCAAAGCUUUUUAGUGGAGGCAGUGGAGAGGCUGAUCCACCCGACCCUUUGUGAGCAGUGCAUUGAGUUUCUGGAGCGUCGACUGGUACAGCAGAUUAACAGCAGCAUGGACCGAGCCGGUGAGGAGGUGCUGCACGCAUUCAUACUGGUGCACACCAAACAGCUGGCCUUCUACUCCAGUCGUAAUGCCAGCAAUCUGAACCCUUCUGAUCUCCUGGCUCUGAUCAUACUGGUGCAAGAUCUUUAUCCCAGCAAAAUAGACCUGGAUGACACUCCUGAGGAGCUGGAGAACAGUACAGUUCCUGAUGUUUUUUACACACCAGAGCCAUCUCCUCCUGAACGAGAAUCAGUCACACCAAGAAAGGACAGUCCUCCUGUCUUCCAGUUUGUGGAUCCUGAUAUUCAGAUGGCUGAGGACAGUCUACAAACUCUUGAAGUUUCAACCCCUGACCCUUCAUCGCCGUCAAGAGUGUUUCUGGAAGCCAAAGAGUGUCCCAUGAUGCCUCACUCCAUGUAUUGCCUGUCUCUAUGGCCUGGUAUCACACUAGUGCUGCUCACCAAGAUCCCCAACAGUCAUAUGGCGGUGUCGGUUUACUACUUUCUGGAGGCUUUCGUCAAGCUGGAGAAGAGGUUAGGUGAGGGCCAUGAAGGGGCUUCAGCCAUGCGGGGUCAGUCCUCUGUCCAGGAGCAGCGGAGCAAACUGGAGAAGUUCAUUAAAGCCUGGUCCAGCAUGGAGAUUCAGACUUUGCAACUCCAAAAUGCUUGGACAGACUUUAAGAACAAGGCCUUCAGCAGAUCUGGGACUGGAUUUACUAGAGAUUUGCUGCCGUCUUGUAGAAACAUGAAGACUCAGCUGUGUGGUGUGUACAGGCAGUUUUUCGCAGCUGAAUGUAUGGGCAGCAGUCAGCGGUUGGCUCCUCAUCUGCAAGAACGGGCUCUGAACAUGGUCCAAGAGAAGCUGAUGGACUGGAAGGAUUUUCUUCUUGUUAAAAGCAAAAGAAACAUCACAAUGGUGUCAUACCUGGAGGAGUUUCCUGGUCUCAUCCACUUCAUCUACGUGGAUCGCUCAAGUGGUCAAAUGAUCGCACCCUCUCUGAAUGUGACUGAUCGCACCGUCUCUGAGCUCGGAAAGGGUCCUCUAGCUGACUUCAUAAAGAAAAAGGUUUGGAGUCUUGUAGCAACAGCACGACGGUAUCUGCACAAGGGUUAUGCUACCGUCACACUUCGAGAUGGGGAUUACUUCUACUGUUACUUCCUGUGGUUUGAGAAUGAAACGGGCUACAAACUGGAAGUGACAGACAUACCCAGUUGUCCAGAUGACACCGCUCCAAUAGGAAUGCUCACAUUUGAUUAUUAUAGGAAACUGCUGCGGUACUACAGCAAAAAACAUCAGAAUGAAGUGGUGAAGUGUUAUGAACUGCUGACUGUUCACCUGGGCGUGAUCCCUAAUGAAUAUAUUCUCCAGCACUGCAGCCAACUGGCCCGCAAGCUAUGGGAGCCAACCCGCAUCCCACUCCUGUGACAAUCCACAUACACACUCCUCAUAUCAAUUUAUUCUGUAGCUGCAUGAUCUGUAAUCUAGAUGAAGACUUUUCUGCACUUUCUGCACAAGCACUUCCUUGUUUCAGUUCAGGUAACUCACUGUAGAAAACACUGGCGGGGAAA